AUGGAUAUAUCAAGUCUCGAGCACGUUACCCUCGAUACCCCUCUGUCUCCUUUCCGCAUCGCAAGGUACCCCGGCCACAAGUUCCAACUUGAAGGACUCGUCUAUUCCUUGUGGGUCAACGUCAUUAUCCUCGACAAAUAUGCACCGGGUUGUCCUUCACUUCUUCUUCAACGUUCCGCUUAUGAUAGUCACCCCGGGUGCUGGGAACUGCCUGGCGGCAAGGUUGACUAUGACGACCAAAAUUUACGUAAAGCUGCUGAACGCGUGGCUAAGGAAAGGACUGGUAGAACUGAGCUCCAGAUCCUUGAUACCGUCCUAUCAAAGAUCGAGAGAAAACAUCACUGGCAUAGUUUCACUUUUCUUGUGGUUGUCGAUAGACAGUCUGGCUGCAUGGGUUCGGCGGAAGAAGAGAAUCGGGAUUUAAAGUGGGUCACGAAGGACGAUGUAUUGAGGAUGGACAGGGCUGCAUUCUAUGGCACCGAACUAGAAACCAUCCUCGGGGCAUUUGACACUGUGGAGAAAGUAGUUGACCUUAGCCUGCAUGGGUCAUCUAGUACUCCACGACGAAUCCAGCAUCAGUAG